GAGUUGGUGAAUUUCGCGUUAUAAUGAGCUCUUUUCUGUAAUUUUGGUGCCUUAUGAUGAGCUCAGUCUUCCCUCAACUUAUUCAAUAUGAUUCAACCUUUUCUUUAUGUAUGGUACUGUAGUUCUUUCAUGUAAUUAAAUGCUGUUAUGUUGGAACAUGACAGUUCUUUUAUUCACUGCAGAGAAAGAAAGAUGCAAUGUAAAAUCUGAAUUCUAUGGAGUGCAAACUACCUGAGUUAGUUGUUUUUCUUCAAGACAGCAACCAUCAAGUUUUCAAGGACAUAUGUAUGGAAGGAGAACAAUGUUCUUUGGAAAAUUGUGAGUUGAACCACCAUAAUAUUUAUUACAUGCUCAAGUAUGAACUGGACAAUAGCGCAGAAUUAGAGAACAGAGUUUCUGAAUCGUACGAGGGCAUUGUUAAGCAGUUUGACGACUCUAAAAAUCUGUUGAUGGAAGGUAAAUCGGAUACUGAGAUUGCUGAUGCCAUUUCCUAUAGCCACGAUGUUCCAAAACAGCCGAGUUUGGACAGAGAAUUCGUUGAUCAAAAAGAGAAUCAGGAUCAAGAGCUGAAACUAGUUUCGAUGAUGUCUAAGUUUGUCUCCAAAGAAGUAUCUUGUAACAAAAGUAGUAUAUCAGAUUCAAUCUCUAGAGAAGCAUCAGCACAAAAUACAAAGGCUGAAAACAACACCAGCACUGAAAAUGGAACGCCAAGAAAUUUAGCGUCAUUGUUUGCAGAUCAGAACACUGAAAAGUUUCCAGAUCGUGAAGACAUGAAUCUUGUUGUCAUAGCAACGAAGCAAUGUCAUGAUAACAUCUCUAUACGCUCGAGUAGCACCAACAGCACAAAAUCUUUUGCCUUUCCUAUACUAACCUCAGAGUGGCCCGGCAGCCCUGUCAAGAUGGUGGCAGCCGAUAAGAGAGAGUUUAAAAGGCGAAGUUGUCACUGGAAAACGUGCUUUGGUUGCUGCAAAUUUUGAUUUAUUUAGUUUUCGGAGUUGUCCAUCAUCUUCACUCUUCUUGGUAUAUACACCAUACACUAUACAUGUUGAAAUAUUAUUGUGGACAUUUAG